AUAAUUGUGUUCAUUACUUGAUCUAGCAUCGAUCAGUAGACAUUAGGAUAAUUAAUUGUAAUUAGUUAUAACUUUCCUUUAAUAAAUAAGUUGAAGUAAAUUUGCAUUUUUUUGCAUCUCCUGGUUGCAACCAACGUAAUUGGCGCAGUCGGUAGGAUAUUCUAAAAUAAUAGAGUCAGUGAAUCGAUCACCCAUAAGGGCUAUUAGAACCUACUUGAGUUGCGGCGAGGCAGAGUAUCCGAAAAUCGAUACAGCAGAGAAAUGCAGAUGAUUUGGUGAUAAUGGAAAAAUACAGAGGUGUGAGUGAUGCAGUACAUUUGUAUAUAAAUGAGAUUCAGUGCUCGUUGGUGGCGAAGACUGGUAUACCAUCAGAUAGAUAUCAUUUUGGGAAACUUACCUUGGAGGCUCUCAGAGAUGCGCCCGAAACUAUAUUGCAGAUAGAUGGAGUGACGGAAGAAACGGAAAGUUAUAAUUCCGUACUAGAGAGAACAGUGAAAUGCGCAAACGCAUUCAGAAAUCUUGGUCUCCAUCGAAACGAUGUGAUAAUACUGAUGGCUCCCAACCACAUACACCUCUCAAUACCAAUGUACGCAGCGUUCUAUCUCGGAGUUAGUGUUGCUGGAAUCGAUAUGUAUUUGCUAGUUAACGAACUUGAAGAUAAUUUCAAAGACACUGAACCCAAAGUGGUAUUCUGUCAAAAUGAUAGAGCAGAAGAUGUAAAGAAAGCUUUGAGCGCAUUAAAUUUGACCUGUAAAGUUGUUACAUUUGAUAAAGGACCUGAUUAUGAAGGUUUUGAUGAUUUUCUUAAUAAACAUGGGCAUGGACCAUCACCACAAGAAUUCAGGGCUUCAGAUUUUGAUCCAGUUGAUACAACGUUAUUUCUCAUUGCUACGAGUGGCACUACUGGUCUGCCAAAAACAGCUGAAGUAACACACAAGAAUAUGAUGCAUGGUAUCUCAUACAUGUGGGCAAACUUCGAAGAAUUCCCUAAACCAACCAGAUUACCAAUAAUAGUAUCCCCGAUACAAUGGUUCUCUGCGAUAUUCUUCUACGCGACAACACCCAUGUUCAGACUAACCAGGCUUCAAUCAUCACUCACUAUGACACAGGAACUUGCGUAUGAUUUAAUUAACAAAUAUAAGCCUACUUUCGCAUUUUCAAGUCCUAACAUGUGGACAACUUUGUUUAAGCCUGGGCACGAAGGAAAAUGUGACUUUUCUUGUUUUGAAGUUAUAUUCAUUGGCGGCAGCGCUAUGCAUCCAAGUCUAUUUGAGGAAAUGAAGAAAACAAUUCCUGAUACUUUCAUACUUAAUGUGUAUGGUCAAAGUGAGCUGGGUGGUCUGGGAAUGAUCUUCGAUCCUUACUUUCCUAAGUCCCUCGGAAGACCAGUUCCAUACUUGAAGGCCAGGUUGGUCAAUCCAGAAACAGAAGAAGAGAUAAACGUUCCGAACGUGUCUGGAGAACUGUGGCUUAAGGGACCGAGUGUUUUUAAGGGUUAUCGAAACAGACCAGACGCUACACGGAGUACUUUGACCGAGGAUGGUUGGCUUCUAACAGGUGAUAUUAUGUACAGAGAUGAUAAAUGGUACUUCUAUUACGUGGACAGGUGGAAGCUUUUACUCAAGUAUAGAAACCAUCAGAUAUCUCCAGUAGAAAUAGAAGGAGUUAUUCAGAAGCAUCCUGGAGUAUUUGAAGUGGCUGUGACCGGCAUACCGCAUCUAGAGCAUGGAGACCUGCCGGUAGCAUGCGUUGUGCUGCAUGAGGGUUUCAGAGUGGACGCUGAAGAGAUCAAAGAAAUGGUUAAGAGUUCUUUAACAGAUUCAAAACAGCUACGAGGCGGUGUGCUCUUCAUGAAAGAACUUCCGAUGACUCCAUCGAUGAAGGUUGAUAGAAAAAAACUGGCAAGACUAGUUCGUGAAAAAGUAAACGUAGAAUGAAACUCUCAUGAGCUUUGUUAAUCAUUUUUAUUCAUUAAAAUAUCAAUAAAUUAA